AUGGUCUGCCCGCUGGACCUCGCUCUCACCGGAACCGCGUGGGCUCGCUUCCUGAACGAGCUGCUCACGUGCGGGCUCCUCGACGCGGCCCCCUUCUCCUCUUCGGCUGCACUACAGCUGGCGAUCGACCGCCUCGAUGUGUCGCCAGCGGCGCUGGAGGACUACGUGCUCGCGCUGGAGGGCGCGCUGCCCCCUUCGCUCUGCGCCCCCAACGUUGCGGGGCCGCAGUGGCUGGAGGAGGCGCGCGAUGCGGCGACCUACUUGCGCGGCGACGCUGGCCGCCGCAGCGUCGAGGAUAAGCGCCUCUACCUGCUCGCCCCCGGCGCCCCGCUACUGCUCUCAGUCCUUGGCGACGCCUCGCUUGCCCCGAGGCGGGCUGUCUUGGCCGCUGCCUCUGCCAACGGCGCGUCCCCGCAGUCCGUGGUGGCCGCGCUGGUCGAACAAGCCGCCUCGCUGCGCUCACCGAGUGCGGUGGCUGCAACAGACACGGCCCCUUCUCGCUCGGGCGCCUACGGAGGUGACGGGGGAGGCGGGCUGGCUUUUGGCAGCCUGGACGCGGAGUUCUCCAGCGCCCCGUUCGUGGACUUCGAGCGCACCAUCCUCAGCUCGCCGUGCCACACGCCGGACGAGCGCGCCGGCAUCUUCGACCUCGCGCUGGCUGGCACUUUGCGAUCCACUUUGCGCAUCCUCGUGAACGCCCCUUCGGCCGCCGCCCUCUCGCGGCGUCGCCCCUGCCUGGCCCACGGAGCUGGCCCACGGAGCUAG